GGCGGCCCCGCGGCUCCGGGCUCUGGCCCCGGGCCAGGGAGGCGUCGCCGGGUCCCGCGGGAGCCGCUUCCUGGGCGCCGCAGAGGCCGCGCGGAGCAGCGGGCGGCGGGAGUGAGACGCGCCCGCGGCAUGGAGGACGGCGGCGGCGGCGUGCUCAAGGAGGGGUUCCUGGUCAAGAGGGGUCAUAUUGUCCACAACUGGAAGGUGCGAUGGUUCGUCCUUCGGCAGAACACGCUGCUGUACUACAAGCUUGAGGGGGGCCGGAAAGCGACCCCUCCUAGGGGCCGGAUCCUCCUCGAUGGUUGUGCUAUCACCUGCCCCUGCCUGGAGUACGAAAACCGACCGCUCGUCAUCAAGCUGAAGACUCGAACAUCCACCGAGUACUUCCUGGAGGCCUGUUCUCGAGAGGAGAGGGAUGCGUGGGCCUUUGAGAUAACAGGGGCUAUUCAUGCCGGGCAGCCGGGGAAGGUCCAGCAACUCCACAUAUUGAAAAACUCCUUCAAGCUGCCCCCUCACAUCAGCCUGCACCACAUUGUGGACAAGAUGCAUGACAACAGCAGUGGAAUCCGGCCAAGCCCCAACAUGGAGCAGGGAAGCACCUACAAAAAGACUUUCAUAGGCUCCUCCCUGGUGGACUGGCUCAUCUCCAACAGCUUUGCAGCCAGCCGUCUGGAGGCAGUGACCCUGGCCUCCAUGCUCAUGGAGGAGAACUUCCUCAAGCCAGUAGGUGCCCGAAGCAUGGGAGCCAUUCGCUCUGGGGAUCUGGUCGAGCAGUUCCUGGAUGACUCCACAGCCCUGUAUACUUUUGCUGAGAGCUACAAGAAGAAGAUAAGCUCCAAGGAAGAAAUCAGUCUCAGCACCAUGGAGUUAAGUGGCACAGUGGUAAAACAAGGCUAUCUGGCCAAGCAGGGGCACAAGAGGAAAAACUGGAAGGUACGGCGCUUUGUUCUGAGGAAGGACCCGGCUUUCCUGCAUUACUACGAUCCUUCCAAAGAAGAGAACAGGCCAGUGGGUGGGUUUUCCCUUCGUGGUUCACUCGUGUCUGCUCUGGAGGAUAAUGGUGUUCCUACCGGGGUUAAAGGGAAUGUCCAAGGAAAUCUCUUCAAAGUGAUUACUAAGGAUGACACACAUUACUACAUCCAGGCCAGCAGCAAGGCUGAGCGAGCUGAGUGGAUUGAAGCUAUCAAACGGCUCACAUAAUUUCGGCAAGGACUUGGCAAAGGACCUGAGGGAAUGGGAGCAGGAUUCCUCCCUCUUGCCAGAGGCUCUAGAUGGGAUUUCCUGGAGAAUGGGUGUGUUAAGACUUUCAACAAGUUUACCCCCAGUGAACUUUUUUGUACAUUUUGUGCCACUAGGGAGUAGAAUUCCUAGGUUACAGAAGGCAGUGGUACCAUUUCCUUCCCCAUCUUCAUGUUACCAACCUGGAAAGGUUAGAAUAGCCAUUAGGAGUCAGCAUGUUGGCAUUUGCCCAUCAUCACAGACCACCUUUCCAUGGGCACUGAAGUUGGUUCCUUGUUGUAACACUAAUGUCGGACUGUUGUAACACAAUGGAAUUCUAGUCUCAUGGCGCCUCUCUGAAAUGGUAUCAAUGACUCUUAACUCUUUCUUCAGAAUUAAUAAAAAUUGGCAUUUGUUUCUAACUAUCAUUAGAAUUCCCAUCCAAGACUUGGUAGUUUUCAAAGGUUUAUCAUGCUUGAGGUUAUAUGGAUUAUUAUGCAGGCUGAUUGUGUAAACACCUCAAGUGAUCUCCCUAAAACAUGCUUAAACGUAAAAUGGAGAUGGUGGCAAAACUUUGGUUGAACAGAGAAUAUUGUUUUGCUUUGAAAAAUAAAACUGCCUAAGUAUUAUGCAUUGCAGAAAAGAAGUCAUGGACUCACUUGGAGACGAGUCACACACACAAAGGUUGUAAAAUUACAGCUUUUCCAUGAAACAUGGGCAUUCAGAAAGAGAUACAGAGCAGGAACUGCUAAAUUUAGAUGAAUGGACAGAAAAAGAUGUAAAUGGGAAAAGAAUUACAUCAAAGCAUGAAAUUUUGGUUUAAAAAUGAACACUGAGACAAACAGGUACAAAGAAACUUCAAUUGGGAGGGUAAUCUGAAGUAGUGAAAAGUCUGUGACAUACAAUAUUUUAAAGGAACAUUUUUAUUACUUUCAAGUUUAUACAGUAAUCUGGCACAAAUGAUUGCCAGCAUUUUUGCCAAGAACAAGCGCUUGGACUUGAUUUAAUGAAGAAUAUACAGAACUUACAUUUAAGGAGAGUGGAUGCUUCUAAAGUGCUUAAGUUAAAAUUUGUCCUCUUAAAUAGUCUGAACUUUCUCUUUUUAAAUCUUGUUUAGAAUACCUGACCUGAAUGAUCAGGAAUCCCAAGCUAAUGAUUAGGUUUUAUUUUAUUCCUUACAUUGUAAGAUUCGAUCGUUAAAGCACCGUUUUCCAUUUGGCAUUUCACCAAGUUCUAAUGUCCCUGGAAGGUAUAAUGUCAUUUCUUUAUUGCUUUUUGAAUUUCAACAGGUGCUUAUCUGAAUUGAAAAAAACAAAAAACAAACAACAACUGCAUUUGGUUUCAUGCCUUCCUGGCUCCAAAAUGGCACAACUGCUUUGUACAGGAGAUAUCAGGAUCUUUCUGUGUUGAAAGGUAGAUGACACUCAUCUUGAGGCAAAUCAGUAAAGAAGUCUUGGCAAGAUACUGAUACUUGAAUUUAAAAAAAUCCCUGUUAAUUGUUCUUGGUUUAACAGUAGCUAGGUCAAGAAUGUUUGUAAGUAUGACAACUGAGGAAUAACUGUACUGCUUAGCAUGAUACAGUGCUUAGCAUGUCUCUGUAGGCUCCUACUUCUUGUACAUUAUCCACAUAAGUAUUGGUUUGCCUUCUUUGCUACAAAACUGAUAUGAAAAUGGUUUGAAUGGUAAAAUUUUCUUCUGCUUAUUUUAAAUUUUCAUUUGUUUAUGCAUAAAUAGGACCCAAACUAUAACUUAAAUUUACAGUUAUGAGUUGAUAACCAUUUGACCUCAAUCAAGGACAAAGCUGGGAGUACAUGAAACUGUCAACAUUUUUAAUGAAGAGGCUUUUUACAGGGAAGAGCUCCAAAAUUUGAUUAAGCUGUUCAAAUUGUCUUAUCAAUCUUGUUCUUCAAGUUACUCAGAGCUUAAUGUUUAUCCUGUACAAACAUUUGAAAGUGAUACUUUUAGGUCAGCAGCGUAUAUGUAUGCUUUAAGUUUAGUUUGUUUUCUUGCCAUGAUCUCAAUAAAGUAUUGAUCUUUCUCUGGCAAGGGUCAUACAUCUGCAAAAUUGUGGAACUGAGCAAAAAGGAUGCAUGGGACAAAAAUCACUCACCAUGGAGGCCACUAGUAUUUUUCAAAGGCUUCCUACCGCUAAUAUUUAAGAAGCACCUAUUGUAUUUUGUUGACAUUCUUGAUGCUGUGAGCUUUAUAAAGUUGUUUUUUGAUGCCUAGGAAGACAGAAAUUAAAAUUAUAUAUUCAAAUUAAAGAUCACAUCU